AUGUCUCCUGGGGAAACCCUGGUGGCAAUUAACAAUCAGGGUAACACUGGAGCAUUAGAUGAUGGAGACACCCUAUUAGAAUACAUCAAAUUGCAUGAGAAUUAUAAAUCUUCAGCUACAGUUUCUACGAACAAAAAAUUGUUGAUAUGUUCUUAUUUCCAUAAGGUUAAUUUGAAUACUUCAGAUGGUCUUUCGUACUAUUUUCAUAAUUUACGCAAAGAAGAAUUGUAUUUAUCAAGAAGGCAAAUGAGCGGAAAUAUCAUAGUAUUGGUCGCAAUAGACUACAACGGAAAAAGCGAAAUAAAAUUUGUUACAAUUAGUAUGAAUGCUGCAAAAUAUAUAGACAUAUUAGAAAAGCAGUUAAGUCGACAUGCCAAUAGCAUUGGUUGCAAAAAUUAUAUUUUUCAAUAUAACAAUCCCACUGUACAUACAGCAAAACACCUUACAAGACUUAAUAUAAUAGAAAACUUUUUGGGAUUGUUAGUUCGUGCUGUAUAUGGAAACGGAAAACAGUUCCUCAUUGUAGAGAAAUUAAAAACUGUAUUAGAAAACGAAAGAGACGAUACAAUUAUUUACAAUGAAUGCGCGGACGUCUUGUCUGACGUUCUGGAUGACUUGGCCGAUUGGGAAGAAGACGAUGGAUAUCAAAAAAAUGAAAGUGAAGCAGAAUCGUCGGAAGAUAGUGAAAUACCUAUAAGAAGAAUUCGGCGAACGCUACAGUUGCCAACUGAUUCGGAUGAAUCAGAUGAAGAAGAAAGUGCACAGUGGUCAGAGUUUGAUUUACCGAGGACUAAUAAUAAAUUUGAAGGAUCUCCAGGUUCAAACAUAUUUCCCAAAGAUACACAGAGCGUCGAGGAUAUCGUAGAAUUAUAUACUGGGAACGAUCUAUUUGAAUAUAUUAUCAAUAAAACCAACAAAAAUGCCAAAUUUGUGGACAUUACGGUACCCGAACUUAGAAAAUGGUUUGGGCUUGCUAUACUUAUGGGUAUUGUAAAAAAAGCAAGGAUCGAUGAUUAUUGAUCAACGAAUCCGUUGAUAGACACACCGAUAUUUCGCAAAAUGUUGUCCCGCAACCGAUUCAGACAAAUAUUAUCAUUUCUACAUUUUUCCGACAACAAUAAACCGAAUAAUGCCGACCGGCCUUUCAAAGUGCAAUUCGUAAUUGAUUAUUUUUCCAAAAAGUUUAAAAAAAAUUUUAACCUAAGUCAAAACAUCUCAACUGAUGAAGGAAUGAUACCGUGGCGUGGAUGGUUAAAUUUUAAAGUUUAGAAAAUUACGAAAUAUGGCAUACUCAUUCGGAUGCUGUGUGAUUCGAUUACGGGAUACAUUUCCUCAUUCAAGAUAUACUCCGGUGUUGGACAGCCUUUAGCUAAAACAGUGAUGGAACUAUUGGCAUCUUCUUAUGGAAAGUGGUAUCACCUCUACAUGGAUAAUUAUUACAACAGUGUAGAACUUGCAGGGAAUUUACUUGAAAAGAAAAUUCGAGUUUGUGGAACGAUACGACAAAAUAGAGGAUUUUCGGAAAAAUUAAAGCGCGCAAAUGUCAAUGUAUUUGAAGCUUGUCAUCAACGGAAAGGUGAAGUACUCGCACAGGUAUGGAGAGCUUCGGAAACUAAAACGAUACGAAUGAUAUCUACAACACAUAAUGCCACUUUGACUAACACUCAAGUAAAAUGUAGAAAAACCAAUUACACAAUAAAAAAACCUGAAAGUGUUUUAGACUACAACAAAUACAUGAAAGGAAUGGAUCGGGUAGAACAAUAUUUGAGUUAUUACCCUAUAUACAGAAAAACUAUAAAAUGGUCAAAAAAGGUUUGCAUGUACCUCUUUAAUUGCGUAUUAUUUAAUGCAUUCCAUACAUGUCAAUAUUUCAAUACAGAACACAAGAGUCACCGGUUUCACGACUUUUUAUUGAAAAUGUCUGAUUCGUGGAUAAAAUACCAUGUACCUGCUUUUGAGCAAAACUUGAAGGUUGUCACUACAUCGCGUACGUCUCAUCAUGAUCCGGUUGACAGACUUUCCGGUCACAUAAAGCAACACCAAUUAGUACUUAUUUCCAAAACGAAUAAACGAAAACGAAGAAACUGCCACGUAUGUUCCAAAAACAAAAAAGAAGAAUAACAAACUUAAUGUGCAAGUCUUGUGGAGUUGCGUUACAUCUUGGAGUAUGUCCCCCUGUGGGUAGGACGUAGUAGAAUACUUCCACAGUACUCCCUGCUUGUCGUAAGAGGCGACUAAAAGGGACUGCGUGAAUGGUGUGUGAAUGUUCUUGUACGGCUAUUACUUUCUUUGUUCUUUUGUCAUAUCUUUUUCUAUUCUUUUUCUCUCUCUCUAGCUUCCUUCCGUUCCUUUCCCUUCUUUUGAGGACCCUGG